AUGUCAACCCGCUGGGCCUUGUGUGUCUUGGCCGUAGCCGUCGCCGUUUGUGCUCACGACAAUUCGACAAAUGAGGAUAUCAACGAUGUCAAAAACAACCCAGCUGCAGGACGUUACUACGGUGUCAGCAAUGCCUACUACCCACCUUAUGGACCUCCACAGUACAACUACGAAGCUCCAUUCGAUUACAAGCCUCUAUAUGACAGUAAGUGUAGAUAAGGGAGAUUUAAUAUUUGAAACUUUAAAAUUUCAGCUUUUUACGCUUGUAAUAUUGAGUUACAAUACGCUAAUGGCUAGUAAAAGUGGAAAACCACAUUUUAAAGACAAAAGUUUCGAACUGACGUGACAAAAAGAUUGAAUUUAUUACAGUACCUUUCGUAUUAAAAAAUAAACAAAAUUUGCUGAGGUUUCAAUUUUUUAAAACUUUUGAACUUACCGUAUUGAUUGCUUUUCUAGCCCAUUACUGUUCCGUCCAUGGCUCCUUCGCCUUGACAUUCUCAGACGUUGGUAAGUUGAAGGAUGUUAUCGUUUCACAGUUUUCAAUCUUUUCUUCAGUUUAAUUAAUCAAAAUUUAAAAUUUUUUAAAUAAAAAAAUUAGUUUGGUCCAAUCAAAACCUUUUGAAUUUUUUUUUCAAUUUAAAAUUUUUUAUUUUAAAAUUUCAGCCCCAGGCGACUACAACGCUGAAAACCAAGGCUACGCUCCACCACCGACCAAACGCAACCGUAAAUACAUCAGAGAGUACUGUCGAUUCUCGGCCGCCCAAUCCGACAAAGCCUGUCACUUCUGUUGCCAAGUCGUCGCUCGUUCUGCCUACACCAACAAGGUCAGUUUACCAUGGUUUUACAAGUCAAACCUCGUUUUUACCACGGUUUUUACAAUUAAAUAUUCUUUUUACAAUAUUUUAGGGAAUCUGUUAUAGUCAACCCUCAACUUUACUAUAGGUUUUCUAUAUUUACACUGUUCAAUCGACUUUUUACAUUUUCAGGAUGACAUCAUCUCGGCCAUCUUCGCCUUCGACCCAGCCAACCCAACUGCCGGAGGUGCUGGAGCUCCAAUCUCCGACGACUCGUACGGUCAUCAGCCUGGCUAUGGAGCUCCACCACCACCAGGCAACUAUGGUCCACCACCGCCACAACCAGGUUAUGGCCAAGGCCCACCACCACCAGCUGGAUACGGUAGUGCCCCACCUCCACCACAACAAUAUGGUGCUCCCUACAGGCAAAAGAGAGUAAGUUACUUUAUGACAGUAAUGUAGGUUCUUAUAUUGAAGGUGAAGAUGUUGUAGUAUACUGUAAAUUUUAAACUCUGGUUUAAUCCGAAACUUUCGACUCUAAAACUUGUUUUGAGUGCUAUAUAAGUCUUAAAUUUAAAGCACUUUUAUAUACCGUAAUAAUAUACUUUCGUGCUCAAAUUUACCUCGAAUUUUAUUCAAAUAUAAACUAUUUGUUGCUUUCAGGAUGCCGAAGCUGCCCCACCAUCCACGGCUCCAGACAGCUACCCAGUGGAACCCGAACACCCAGCCCCAGCCGGCUCUACCGUCUACAAGCCCAUCAACCAAUGUGUUUGCUGUGCCCCAAAGUACAAGUAA